CAGCAAAGCCCGUCCCUAUAUAACACGGUGUCACCGUCGCACACACAGCGCCCGCCCGGCUGCUGCCUCAGUUUCCCCACGCUGCAGCCAUGUGGAUGGUGUCACCGCCGGUCGAUGAAGGAUCUCACCAGCUUGCCUGGCUUUGGGACCACGGCAAAGGUAUUUUCCAGUACACCAAGAAGCUGUUCCUGAGCAGGCCGGCGGGACGGGCGCAGGCGCUGGAGUUCGUCCGGAAAAAUGCGGCCAACGCGCUCUCCAUGGCGAACCUGGUGGUGGGGCUCUCCUCCAUCCUCUGCAGCCUCAACAGGCAGUACCACUGCUCCUGCUGGCUGCUCCUGGUGAGCUUCCUGCUCGAUUUGGCCGACGGAGCCGUCGCCCGGCAGCUCAACGCCUGCUCAGCGCUGGGAGCCAAGCUGGAUGACUUUGCUGACUUCACGUCCUUCGGGCUGGCCACGGCACUGCUGCUGCAGCCACGCGGCGUGCUGGACGGGCUGCUGGCCAUCACCUACGUGCUGGCCGUCUUUGCUCGCCUCUGCUUCUUCUCCAGCGGGAUCCCCUUCACCUACCGGGGCUUGCCGUGUCCCUACGCUUCCUCGCUGCUGGCCAGCACCUUCCUGCUGACGGGCGGCCACGUCACACUGCUGCGCGUCACCGCCAUCGCCAUGGUCCUCUUCAUGGUUGACCGCGGCUUCUACCCCCACGACAAGGUGCUGGAAUCGCAGUGCUGGAAGAAAGCGAUCUACGCCGGAGGCAUUGUGGCCGUCCUGUUCUCGCCCGCAAUGGUUGCUCCCGUCUACUACCUCGCCUGGUCAGCGUCGUACAUCUUACUCCCCUUCGCCAUCUGGAGCUGCAAAGCCUAACAGCCGAGCAGCAGCAGCCCCGGCGAGGACGGCUCCGCCUUAACCUCCACCGCACGCAUAGUAAAGCUCUCCUCUGCCUCACUCUCGGGUGCCAGCGCCAGGCUGUCUCACCCCCCACCUUCGUUAGCUCUUCCCAGGGAGGAGAGCCAUGACAGCAGACUCCAAACCUAGCAGGCGCAAUGCCGCGGCCCCACAGGGCUUCCCACCAUGGCAGUCUGCUUAGAAAACAGCUGAGCUCCCACAAAGGGGAACUUAGCGCCAGCAGAGCUCGGGCCGGGCUCCAACCUGCCCUGCACACCCGCACCCCUAGCCAGAAGAACAACAGCCCUGCACCAGCCCCCUUCCCAGGGAACCACCCCCCAGGUGCCUCCUGCCAGUCCCACCAGCUGGGACAGAGAUGGAGGUGCGACCAAUGCAUUCCCACUGUACAUAGUAAUUUAUUGCGAGGGCACAGUUGUGGCGGCUUUAUGUUCCCCAAAUCCUCAACAUGAGGAGGAAGCGGCCCCCGCAGCAGGCAGUCUGUAGUAGGAUAGGGGUGAGGGUGCCCCCUUUCCUUGCAAAGCCCAGCCUGAGGCACGGGGAGCACUCCGGUAUUUAUUUCUGACGUGUCGCCAUAGGGAAAUAAUAUCUGAAGCGUGUUCUUUUUUUUCCUUU